AUGUUCGUUAAGUAUUUCUUCAUACUACUUCAGCUAGUAUUCAGUUUAGCUGACUUCUCUGGAGUCAACUAUGUCGAAGGCACUUUAAAUACCCUUGCAAACUACCACAAAUCUCCGUGCUCUUACGAUGCUCUAGCCGAUUACAUCGAUCAGUGUUCGGAAAAGUCGUUUGAGCUUGUAGACUCACGGCUCAGGCUCCAACUGGCAGUAAGGCUUUCACUAUGUGAGUUCGAAGAGGCUGGAGUGGAGUAUCCAGACGCAUGCAAGCAUAUCACCAGCAACGAAGAAUUUUCAAGAUGUGUGAAACUUUUCAGGGCAUCCUCCCUACUCUGGACGACAUAUUCUGGAAACUAUAGAAAGCUUAGAAGCGUGUGCUAUGAGGAAUCACUUCCAUAUACGAAAUAUCACAUCAUCGAAUUAUAUACAAACAUCACAAACGCAUACUCGAUGUUCUACGAUGCCAUGAAAGACUCUUUUGAUGCCACCAGUGCCAAGCAGGACGAAGUGAUGGCCAAGUUGCUCCAACUACUAGUUCUUGUCGAUGAAGCCAUAGAGAAUAAAACAGCUCAGUUUGAAGGCUUCCACCACGCCACUUCACAGCAGAUGCAAAUUAUGCUGGGGCUCUACCUCGACUUGCAUGGCCAGUUUUCGCUGCUGGCAAAGCACAUUUUAGACAAAACAACAUCGUUGGGUGAGGACUUCCAAGGCGUGCUUGAGGUCGUUACCACCGGCCGAAAAGAGCUAGCUAACGCUCAAAAAUUUGAAUACAGUGCAAUUCUCCACGACUUACAUUCACUUGCACUGUUUCUACAUGAUAGUAUGAAUCAUGCUGGCCUAUUGGUUGAUAGUCUCCAUCACACACUGGAGCAGGGCCGAAUUGUGAAGAGUAUCAUUCUGGAAAAUACACAAAGAUUCCAAAUGUUUUUUGUCAAUCAUCUGGAUUCGCUUAUUGGCUAUCACGAUGUGGCCAUAGAUAUUGUUUCCGAUAUUAACAAUGAACUUGGAGAAAUAGAACAUCAAACUGGAGCCAUUGGAAGGUUGGCCGGAAUCACCAAGAACUUGCUAGAUGAACAUUUUCAUGACAUUUCAGAGGUAACUAGAAAUAUCACCCAAAGAUUUCAAGUUGUUUCUGGCUAUAUAUCUGAAUUCCCGUUGUCCAUGUCAUGGAUGUUCCAAAGUAUUGGUGAGUGGUCUACCAAGUUAUUCGCAGCCAUUAUCUCAUUGGCUAUGCUCAUGACUUUGGUCAGCACUUCCAUGCGAAACCUCCAAGUUUCCAAAUUCUUCAUGGGACUUAUCCCGGGCCUUUUCCUUGGACUUCUCCUCCGCCUAUGGUGGCUGAUGUACUUCCUGUCACUUCUCCACAUCUGA